AAUGCCCCUCAGGGCUGAUCUACAGGUUGGAAUGCCCCUCAGGGCUGAUGUAGAGGCGGUUGUCAUGCCCCUCAGGGCUGAUGUAGAGAUGGUUGUCAUGCCCCUCAGGGCUGGUGUAGAGGUUGUAAUGCCCCUCAGGGCUGAUGUAGAGGUUGUAAUGCCCCUCAGGGCUGGUGUACAGGUUGUAAUGCCCCUCAGGGCUGAUGUACAGUUUGUCAUGCCCCUCAGGGCUGAUGUAGAGAUGUUUGUCAGACCUCUUCGCUCCAUGUCUUGUUUGUGCUUCUUCUUCAAUAUAACCUUCUGGUUCUGGCUUCAUCAGUCAUAUUUCUUUCUUUCUAGAUUUCUUCUACUCAACCCCUAGAUCAUCAUCAUGAAAGACAACGUCGCCAACAGCACUCACCCAGCCUCUUGACUCCAUGUAUCUUUGUACUGCCAGGUCAUCGUCAUGAAGGACAGUGUGGUCAACAACAACAGCAUCUCCCACGCCAGGAAAGCUGUGGAACAACUCAUGAUGGAGUCUUGUAUGGACAGGAUAAAGGUCUCCAAAGCAGCAGCGGAUCUGAUGGUGUAUUGUGAUGCCCACAUACGUGACGACCCCCUCAUCGUGCCCGUGCCCGCCUCGGAUAACCCCUUUAGGGAGAAGAAGUUAUUCUGCACCAUCCUCUGAUGCCCAGUAGGGGGCAGACCAGCCUUAGGCCGGGCCCUGGUUCAGGUGUGGAAUAACGCCUGGCGUCUCCUCUUCUGUCUUCACCGUACCUGAAGCUAACAAAACGCUGUGAAAGUAACCAGGAAGUGAAUGCCCUUUCAGCCUUGUAGUUUUUCAACUUUUGUAGUUUUUUUUAAUGGUCUUCAAGCGCAAAAAACGUACAUACAUUUUCUUCAUUACAAAGAAUCUUCAUUAAAGGCAUCUGGUAGAAGUAAAUUCAAUCUUCAAGCCCAUUCAAAGCCCAGUAUCCGGAAGUAAAGCGGCAGUAGUCCUCUUUAACAGCGAACCUGUUGAGUUGGGUUGAGGUUGCCAGGUGGACACUGUGUUGUUGGGCAGCUCUGUCCCAGGUGGCUGCAUUGGGGAGGGUUUACAUACCUUUCCAUCUGGCAACCCAGUGACCACGUCUGCGUGUUAGUCUCCAGUGGCGUUUCAUUGGUUGGUUUGUUAUAGCUCCUUUGUUGUUAGAGAGAAGCCUUCAUUAGUACUUUAUGAUAACAUGAUGAGAUUAUAUUUUUAUUAACAUGUCUUUUGUUUUUGUUUACACUAGCUUAUUUUAUUUACAAGCCUCAGGAAACAAACACAAACCGUGGGAAUGUUUUUUUCAAAUCUAUUUCUAAAGCCCAGUAUUUUAUAUAGGAUCGAACCAACAUACCAUAUAGCAUGUUAGUCCCCACUAUAGAGGGAAAGGGAAAGAAGAU